AUUGUAUUUGUGAAACAACAGCAGCAAAUAACUACAAAUAAAACAAUUCGUUUUUUGCUGUGAAAGUUAUAUCAUAAAUAAUGCGUAAAAGAAGUGUUUCAUUGAUUUGUGUUGUUUUUGUGUUGCUUGUGCAAAUUAAAAAAGGUGAGCUGAGCGCCUAUGUUUUAUCAGCGGACGAAGACGUCACCGUUGUUGAGGCGGCCGCUGCUGCUGCUCUGUUGAGCGGAGCAGUGACAAGAGUCACACACGAGAAGCAAAUCAAAAGUGCACGCUCGCUGACUUGCUACUGCGAUGGCAGCUGUCCGAACAAUGUGAGCAAUGGGACCUGUGAGACUCGGCCAGGAGGCAGCUGCUUCAGCGCCGUCGAGGAGGUGUACGAUGAGACGACUGGCACCUAUGAGGAGGAGCGUACAUAUGGCUGCAUGCCGCCUGAAGAGAACGGCGGUCUUCUAAUGUGUAAAGUUGCCGCUGUGCCGCACAUUCAUGGCAAGAACAUAGCCUGCUGCGAGACUGCGAAUUUCUGCAAUCGUGGCUUACAACCGGACUACAUGCCCAAGAUGACAACGGCAGCGCCCGAGUUGCCAGUGCACAGCGAAUCUGUACACACCGUGGCCUUCUUCGCCUCGAUAGUCGUUUGCAUGUCCGUCUUCAUUGUUUUCGUGGUCAUACUCUGUCUGGUCUACAGGCGACGCGAGAAACUGCGCAAGCAGCCGCGUUUAAUCAACUCUAUGUGCAACUCACAAUUGUCGCCGCUGUCACAGCUGGUGGAGCAAAGCUCGGGCUCUGGAUCGGGAUUGCCACUGCUGGUGCAACGCACCAUUGCCAAGCAAAUCCAGAUGGUGCGUCUGGUGGGCAAGGGUCGCUACGGCGAGGUCUGGCUGGCCAAGUGGCGCGAUGAACGCGUUGCCGUCAAGACCUUCUUCACCACGGAGGAGGCGUCCUGGUUUCGCGAAACGGAAAUCUAUCAAACGGUCCUCAUGCGACACGAGAAUAUUUUGGGUUUCAUUGCCGCUGACAUUAAGGGCAAUGGCAGCUGGACACAGAUGCUAUUGAUUACCGACUAUCAUGAGAUUGGCAGCCUACACGAUUAUCUGUCCACAUCGGUGAUCAAUCCACAGAAACUGCAGUUGCUCACCUAUUCGCUGGCCUCCGGCUUGGCCCAUCUGCACGACGAGAUCUUUGGCACGCCGGGCAAGCCGGCCAUCGCACACAGGGACAUCAAGAGCAAGAACAUACUCGUCAAGCGGAACGGUCAGUGUGCCAUCGCCGAUUUCGGACUGGCUGUUAAGUACAUCUCGGAGCUGGAUGAGAUACACAUUGCACAGAAUACGCGUGUUGGCACGCGUCGCUACAUGGCACCGGAGGUGCUCAGCCAGGCCCUCAAUCCGCAACAGUUCGAGGAGUUCAAGCGUGCCGACAUGUACUCGGUGGGUCUGGUGCUGUGGGAGAUGGCCCGGCGCUGCUAUACGCCCAUUUCGGGCACCAAGACAACGACCUGUGAGGAUUAUGCGCUGCCAUAUCACGAUGUGGUGCCUUCGGAUCCCACCUUUGAUGAUAUGCAUGCAGUCGUCUGCGCUAAGGGUUUCCGGCCGCCAAUACCGUUGCGUUGGCAGGAGGAUGAUGUGCUCGCCACCGUCUCCAAAAUCAUGCAGGAGUGCUGGCAUCCGAAUCCAACGGUCCGCCUCACAGCGUUGCGUGUGAAGAAGACGCUUGGGCGGCUCGAGGCUGACUGCCUCAUCGAUGUGCCCAUGAAGAUUGUCUAGAACUCGAUGUACUACUUAAGAAUAUUUGUUAGUUUCAGUUAGUUAGUUAGAUAGUUAGAUAGUUAGUUAGUUAGUUAGUGCUCUGAAGUCUCUGCAGUUUUGACCUAUGUUGCAUUUAUAUAUUCGCCAAGUUUUUCUGUUUCGAUUUCGUUUUUUGUUCAUUUCUAUUGAUUAAACUUGUAAUCAUUUAGUUGUAGAUAAGUUGAUAAGUUUAAGGAUCUAUGAUUAACCUUUUAUUGAACAUCGUGCCUACUAAUAACUUUAAGCGACGCACUGAUUGUAUGUUAGACUAAGAUAAUUGUUAGUUGUUAGUUAACUAAUAGUAGAAGGCCGUUAAUAAUCAUUGGUUAACAAAAUGCUUUAACUAUUUGAGAAAUCUAUUUGAUACAAUGCCAUAUUUACAUUGUUGAACAAACAAUAUGAAAUCGAUGUAUUUUGUGUCAGCUUGUGUACACUUUUGAAGUAUACCUAUUUAGUUUGUUAGCUUAAGUACGAGUUAAGCUUAAAAUAACAAAUGCAUGCAAAUUGCUUUAAAUGGUUUUUCAAUGGUUACAAUACGCUAUCUGAAUAGAUGUUUGUGCUUUUGAACUGCGCAUGUAAAGUUAGCAGUAUCUUUAUUUUUUGUAUUGUAAUGCUUAAGCAAGUUGAAGGUUUUUGCCUGUUUGCAAGAUAAUGCUGCCUUAUGUAAAAUUCACUGAAAUUAGCGCCUUAGAAAAACAUCUUUAUAUAUCAAUACAUUAUUGUACCAAUAUACAAGAACGAAUGAUAGCAAACAGUUUGUCCAGUUUUGUUGCGGUUGCUUCACAUAAAAUAGUUAUACAAUUACUUAAAAAACCACAUUUUAAGGUGCAAAAUUGCAAAACGUCUUAUGCUGUUUAUAUUUUUACGUUCAUAUAAAUUUACUAUGUAUUUUGAAAAACGUUUCACAUGUUUUUGUUCGAAAGCACUGGUAUUUUGUUUUUCUUAUUUUUUCAUGUGUAUAUAGCCAACAAUAUCUGAUCCAGGCAACUAACUAUAUAUGUUAAAUAUAUUGUAAGCUGUCAUAAUGAGAAAUUCUUGUAAAUUUGACAUGUAAAUCGCUGUAUGCGUAGUAUGUAAGUGUAAAACUUAUCGCAAAUACGUUCUUAAAAUUACAUUUUUGCAUAAACAGCUUAGCUCUAAGUGCAACUUUAUAUGGACAAAUAAUUAAUUUGUAUUGAUUUAUUAUUGAACUGUGCAUAAGGAAACAACAAUAACUAAAGUUGUAUGUAAAACCAUUAGAUAAUUUAUUUAAAAGUAAUAAUAAAAAAAAAAUUUUGAAAAAAACAAAAA